AUGGCCAGCCACAUUGACAGCACCAAUCUGCCCGAGGGCGUGUUUUCCCUCUUGGACACCGACCUGUACAAACUGACUAUGCAAUGUUGCAUCCUCAAGUUCUUCCCCAACGUCUCCGUCACCUACAGCUUCACAAACCGCACGCCUGAUAAAAAGCUCAGCCGCGCAGCCUUCAAGUGGUUGCAAAUACAAGUGGGCAAGCUUGAACACAUCAGUGUCACCGACGAGGAGAUCGGCUUCCUCAAGACCCAUUGCACCUACCUCAACGACCAGUACCUCCAAUUUCUCUCAACCUUCCGGCUCAAGCCCUCCAAACAGCUCAGGCUCUCUUUUCAACCAGUCCACGACACAGGCUCAGACGAUGAUCGUGGCGAGUUUCACAUACACACCGAGGGACUGUGGCUAGACACGAUCCUCUACGAGAUCCCACUACUUGCGCUCGUCAGCGAAGCAUACUUCAAGUUUGUGGAGACAGACUGGAGUCAUGCGGGUCAAGUCGACAAGGCCUACCAGAAGGGCCGCAGUCUACUAGAAGGCGGCUGCAUAUUCUCAGAGUUUGGCACGAGGCGACGUCGCGACUACCAUACCCAGGACCUAGUCCUGCAGGGCUUGCGCAGGGCAGCAGACGAAGGCGCAAAGGCUGGCUGGACCGGAAAGCUGUCAGGAACGAGCAAUGUCCACUUCGCGAUGAAGCAUGGUCUUGUCCCCAUAGGCACAGUUGCGCAUGAAUGGUUCAUGGGUGUGGCCGCCAUCACGAACAACUACGAGAGCGCAAACGAGAUUGCCUUGGAAUACUGGACAGCGACGUUUGGCGCAGGUGUGCUGAGCAUCGCUCUCACCGACACAUUUGGCACCCCCACGUUCCUCAAGGCUUUCAAGAAACGGAUCCCUGCCGUGACGACUGCGAUACCUGGUGGUGGUACUACCAUGGCCUCUGCGUCUGCUACAACCGACAUAGACGCUGUACAAUCCAUGGCAUCAACCAAUCCGCCUAUUGAAGCGCCGCUGAAUGGCAAGCUAGAGUCGCAGAAGACGUAUGCCGAGGUCUUCACCGGCGUGCGACAAGAUUCUGGAGACCCUCUGGAGUUUGUUCGGAUGAUGCGUGAAUUCUACGACCAGCAAGGUAUCAAGGACAAGAAGACGAUUGUCUUCUCCGACUCGUUGAACCUCGAAUUGUGUUUCAAGUACAAGGCAGCAGCUGAAGAAGCUGGUUUCCAGCCAACCUUUGGUGUCGGAACCUUCUUAACGAAUGACUUUGUGGAGACGUCGAGCGGAAAGAAGUCGGUGCCACUGAACAUUGUCAUCAAGAUUGCAUCUGCAUCAGGCCGUCACGCGGUGAAGAUCAGCGACAAUAUUGGUAAGAACACGGGCGAUAAGGCGACAGUGGACGAAGUCAAACAGCGGCUAGGCUACACGGAAAAGUCGUGGGCAGGCGGAGACGAGAAGACACGCUGGGGCAGCAGCGAACAGGCAACCAGGGGAUGA